CUCAUUCUCUUUUAUAAAUCAAGAACUUUUCGCUACGUUUUUCCCUUGCCCACCAUCAAGCUUGAUCAGGGAUAUCAGGGAUUCUCUCCGUAUUAUUCUCCCCAGCUCUACACUGUUCUUAGGGUUCUUGAUUAAUAUUCUUAAUUGAUCAAUCUUCCAGGGAUCACUUUUCCAAAACAAUGCAGAGAGGCAGAGGUGGACGGGAUCCUUUCUCUGACUUCGGUAGUCCUUUUGGUGAUUUCGGAAGCCCUUUUGGUGAUUUUGGGAGCUUUGGACCUCCUGGCAGUCUAUUGUCAAACUUCUUUGGGGGCAGGAACCCGUUUGAUGACCCCUUCUUUACCCGGCCGUUUGAAGGCAUGUUUGGAUCUAGUAUCUUUGGUCCUCCGGGAAAUCUUCAUCCGAACAUGCAUCCAUCUGGAUAUCUUGAACAUCAAGCUCCAGAGUCUAGAAAUUCACGAGGGCCAAUUAUUGAGGAAUUAGACUCUGAUAAUGAACGAGAAGAUUCAGAGCAGGCAAAGGGAAAAAGGCCAAGAAAUAGUCAGUCAAACAAUGAACCACAUGUUAUGCAUCCUGAUGAUGAAGAUGAAGGAAAUAGAAGAAAACAUUUGCAGCCUGGAAACGAGUUCAACAUAUUCAACAAUAUUAGCUGUCAGCCUCAAGCUCAUAGCUUCUGUUUCCAGAGCUCAACAGUCAGCUAUGGUGGCCCGAAUGGAGCAUAUUAUACCUCAUCCAAGACAAGGAGGACAGGGAGUGAUGGAGUAACCUUUGAAGAGAGCAAGGAGGCUGACAGUGCCACAAGAGAAGCUAGUCACAGAAUUUCUAGAGGUCUUCAUAACAAGGGGCAUUCGUUAACAAGAAAACUUAAUUCUGAUGGAAAGGUGGACUCCAUGCAGACCCUGCACAAUUUAAAUGAAGAUGAGCUUGAUGGCUUUGAAGAAGCAUGGCAAGGAAAGGCUCAAAAGUAUUUACCAGGAUGGGCUGGGAAUGUAGGAGCUAGCCGUGGCAGGCAAAUUGAGCAGGGUAGGCAGGGAGGCUGGGCGCUUCCUUCAACGGAGGAUGGAAAUCGCAUGGGAAUGAUGCCUGAAUUUAGAAAUAAAGCAAGCUCUUCUGUGACUAAGGAGAGGGCAAGGACGGACAAGAGUGACAGAAAUGCAAGUCAUCGACGAGCUAGGGGCUGAAAUUGAGGAAGCUUUGUGGUUUGUGCCUGCCUAUUACUACUAUACUAUGCCCUUAUUUACAAGUCUUCUUUUUCAUCGUCCUAUAGAUCCUUGAAUCAUUUGUUUUAAGCUACGCUUGUGGAUUUUAUGAUUUGUCCAUUUGGGCAUAUGGGGGUAGGCGGAUAUGGGGUUGUUAUCUUUCGUGUUACGUGGAAAAUAUAAUAGUACGUUAUGUUUGCUGCCAA